GAGCACCUUGACGUAGCGCAUGAGACCCAAACAUUCCGAAAACCUCGUGGUUUGUUUUGGGCGAUAGAACCGCGAGAAGGCAUGGCUCAUGUUGCAGUGCUCAUCUAAAACAACAUUUUUACCUCCAGUAGCUUGGUUUUGGAUAGGCUGCGGGGGUGGACUGUUAACACACUAGAUACUUGUUGAUCAAACCUACUAGCUGUCUGAUUGGUCCAAGAUGUCUGGGGAUCAGAAGCAGCCUAAUUGUUCAUCAUUUGAGAGGAAUAUCUCCCAGACUUCUGAUGCUGGUGGCAACCUGUCUCAGCCACUGUCUGAUGACACAUUCAGUAUGCUAUGGUCGCAACUUGUUGGUGUUACAGACAAUGGGAAUAUCAACUCUGUCUGUGCCAAUCCUGUGGAUUGGAAUUUUUCUGAAUUCCAAGGUGGGGAUUUGGUGGAGAACAAUGUGGAUGUCUCUUUGCAGCAAAUUGAGCUUGGUCCACAAGGUGUUCCUCUGGAUAUCAGUAACUUCACUCAGACCCAGUCGUUCCAACCCAAUAUGUUGCCAGACAAUGCUGCCCCUGGUCCUCCAAUGUCUGAGUAUUCCACUGAUACGACUACUACCCCUCCACCUACCAGUGCUGCAUCACAAGCCUUGCCCAGCAAUGUGGACUACACAGGUGAUUAUGGAUUUGAAAUCUACCUGGGGCAGCCUACCUCAACUGCUGCAAAAAGUGUUAGCUGGACAUUUUCACCAACGCUAAAGAAGUUGUUUGUAGAUAAGGACAAGGCCUGUCCAAUAAUGUUCAAGACCAGUCUGGAGCCUCCACCAGGUACUUACAUCCGGGCCAUGCCUAUCUUCAAGAAACCAGAGUACGUACAGGAGGCAGUCCGCAGGUGCCCCAACCAUCAAGGCCCACCAUCAGAACGCUCAGCUCACCACCUCAUCACUUGCUCGGAUCCAUCUGCCUUAUACGAUGAAGACACUACAACUGGCAGAAUGAGUGUAGCAAUGGCCUACAAUAUGCCACAGGUUGGCACUGAGCAUACCACCUACCUCCUGACCUUCAAGUGCUUCUUAUCCUGUGUGGGAGGAUUGAACAGGAGACAGAUUCAAACUGUCUUUACUUUGGAAAACAGUGGCCAAGUCUUAGGGAGGCAGGUGAUUGAUGUAAGAGUCUGUGCAUGCCCAGGCAGAGACAGGAAAGGAGAAGAGAAACACCAAACAGAAAAACAAAAUAAGAAACCACUCAAACGGGGACAGAGUAAAAUGACCCAGUCAUUCAGUGUGACACAAAUAGGAGGCAAGAGGAAAAAGCCUGAUGAAGAAGUGUAUUGUAUCAUGGUCAAAGGUCGUGCCAACUAUGAGUUGCUAAUGCGUAUCAAAGAGUCACUAGAAUUGAUGUCAUACGUUACUCAAGAUCAGCGCAACCAACACAAGACAGACCAAACACGACUUCAGCAGCAAAUUCACAACAUGCCACGAUUCAGCUCCUUCCCUAGCAAUGCCUCCCAGCAACAAGGAGCGUCACCUCCUAACAACCCACCACUCCUGACCAAUCAACCCUCCAUCACAUCCCAGAUGGCUGGUCUACACAGACAAGACACCCUGCCGUUGCACACAUUUGCCCGUCAUCAAACCCCAAACACCAACCAUGUCCAUGACCACUGUGAUGGACCAUCAGCCAUGGAGGUAGACCACCAAGUCAAGUUCACUGAGGAUGUAGUCUCAUCACAGGAAAUCAGCAGCAGUCAGAUGUUAGCAGGUCAGAGUUCACCAAGUGGUCAAAGGUCGGAGGAUCAUGCCGGAUUGGGUCAGGUGGCAGGAACUAGUCAGGUGUCUCCUGUCGAUAGAAGUAUUGGCAGUUGGUUGGGCAGCCUAGGAUGUCAGCAGUACCUUGAUAUCUUCAAUAAGAAAGGAAUACGGACCAUUGACCAACUGGAUGAGAUCAACUUGGAGCAGGACUUUGCCGGUAUUGCCAUGCCUCAACAACAUCGUGAGAAGCUGUGGAAGGCCAUCCUACAGCUGAGAAAUCCAAUCUUCUUGACCAGUACGCCCAGCAGUCUGCUACGGACAGGCAGCAAUGCCUCCACGGCUAGCUUGGGUGGUCUGUCAGGGCUGUCUGCAUCACAGGUACAACGCAUCCAGGCAACCAGAUUCACCCUCAAACAGACCAUGUCAUUUCAAGUCAAAGAGGAGAAGGAGGAUACUUAACGGAGUCAUGCUGACAGUCCAGACCAAGGAGUAGUAUUACAGCCCACUGGCUGGUCAAACAAUGGUUGUUAUGCUGGAAAUGGAGACGGGUUGAUAUCAAAGUACAUAUACUGGCAGAAGUUAAAGAAGUUGCUAUAAGCGGUGGGUUCAAGGUCAGUAGGUUAUCUGAACAAAGAUCGUUAGGGAGUGUACUGUACAGCUGGAUAAAAUAGCAUUUUUAACUUAUGCUGGAAAUAAGCAUACAUGUGCGCAAUGAAAAACACAUUGUAUGAAAGCAGAUGCUGGAGUACAUGUAGUAAAUUACUUCAGUCUCAGGUAAUAGUCGUCUUAGGGUCAUCAUUGGAUCCAAAUUUCAUUGAUAAGGUGGUGGCAAUCAUGUAAACAAAUUGUGAAGUCAAAGAUGAGAUGAUCUGUACCACAGAAUGAUUGCGAGACAUCCCAAUAGGCAUCAGUGAUCAGUGUUUGUCUAAUAUUGGUUGGGAUAUUUAUUGUUCAAUGUAUUGCAUAGAAACUAGCCACACCUUGUUAUCUCCCAACCCAGUGCAUUGAGGUAACCAGCACAACUUAUCGACUUUGUGGGUCCAAUGGAUGAACAGUAGAUGAUGCAUUGUGAGCACGCUGAUAGAUCAGUGUGUGGGGCAUAGCAUGUGUGCACUGCUUCAUGUGCAUAUGAUGCACAGUGCACACAGCUGAUUUGAUUCUGAAUGUUUACAAACCUGCACCAACCCUUAUUAUCUUGUUGUACAGUGGGAUAGCAUUCAGUAAUAGCCUGCCUACGUGUAACUCUCUCCAUUUAACCAAUGAGGGAGGACGUGUGCAUUGAAUCAAUGUUUUUGGAGCCGCUGUACAAGUACAAUCUCCUGUCAAUACAAAGGCAGAAGUGGGGCUGAAUUCAUAAAACUGCUGCUGAACGUUUCGUCGUUACAAAACCGGGUUGUUUUCAUGAACUGACACCCGGCACAGUGCGGCACUUCUAGCUCGCACUCGGUACAUUUUCAUUUUCAAGAACUGACACUGAUCUUAAUUUCACCAAUUAAAACUUUUUUUAAUUAAAUUUUUGUGUAAGCCCACAAGGAUACGGAUGGAUUAAAUUCCUGUUAAACCUUUUCAAAACAUUUUUCUCCAUUCUUCAUUGCCGCAACAAGCUUGGGUUUGUGAAAACGAAAAUCGUUCUAUUUUGCGUCAGUGUCAGUGUAAUGGUUGAUUAUGCAGUUUUCAGGAACUGGCAUCCACUUGCGCGUGAGUGUCAGUUCGUGGUGUCGGUAAAUUUCAAACCCAUGACAGAUUUGCUCAACUUACAAAAGUAAUGAGCCAAAGAGUAAUGUGAUACAUAGUGCUUGUAAUUUUGGUUCAGCUGAUUUUGGGCCAAGCAAUACUAUGUGCUUGGGAGAUAAUUGUACAUGUAUGUUAAGCAACAUACUUACUUGAAUGGAAGCAAACGUCUUUGUAUGCAUUUCUCUAUGGGAGAGAAUGCUGGAUGUUAGGGGAGAAUGUCAAAUUGAACAGUUGGUAUUACUCAAGGUUACCCUCAAGGUUUUACAGGGUUCAACUUUGAGUUUACCACUUGCUUAUUUCAUUUUGCAUUCUUCCCCAAAUGCUACCUCAUAACUGCAGUUGGCAGCUACAAAGCUGUUGACAGAAACACACCAUGAUUAUAAUGAUUACAUGACUUGACUGCGUAGCAGUUGUAUUUAUUUUAAUAAUCAUUUCAACUACAUGCAUAUCUUCUUGUGGAUUGUAUGCAGGUAAAUAUGCAAAUUAUUCCUUGAAAGAUUCAUUGACGACCCAUUGUUGGAAUUUAUCAUUGUAACAUGUAAAUGUUUAUGUGUGUCUCCAUAUACAGGUGAUGUGUGCUUAAAUUCAAAUGGGAAGAAUAUUGCAUGUGUUUAUGGCCAGUGAGCUUGUAUAAGCUGGUACCACUCCAGUGGUAUUUUGUUUUGUUAGUUUGGAUGAUUUGGUAAAAAGUGACAAAUACUGAGGAUGAAUAAGUUGUACUUGUGACAGUUUUCUUCCUCUUUUGGAAAUGGAGACAAAUAAAACAGGAAAGAAAUGUUUGUAUUUAUAAUUCAGGUAAAUGUAGCUAGAAAAAAAU